CCAUCAGCCAGUUCAAUGAAAUUGGAAACCACAGACAUUUUUCAGCUAUUUACAGAGCUAAAGGCUCAAAGUCUUCGGAGACGCUCUAUCUAAGGACAUGUGGUUGAAUCACUUGACUGUUUGGAGACAGGAAAAGCUGUCCAAAAUACAGCGUGAUGAAUUGCAAGGAUGCCCCUCAUGGGAGCAAACUGCUGACCCAUAGACCGUUCUGUGCUGGAUGCUGUUUGGAAACCUGCCAGCAAAGGCAGGCUAGUUUUGGGGCAGGGGCCACUGCCUCCUACGUGACCAGCAGACUGCACAUUUGCAAACACUGUUGUGCCCAGCUUUAACCUGAGCUCAAGCUACAGUACGUGAGCCAGAGCUGCCUGGCAAUCUGCUUGCUUUUGACUGAGGCUGCUCCCAAGACUGACAUGUUAUAGAGGAAGGCAACCUGGAGUCUGAAAUGGCUUUAUCAGAUAUUACCUUGGUUUUCCUAACCCAAACACCCUGAGCCAACAGCAGGGAGCUGCCAUUCUGCUGCCAGACCCCGAACGCCUCCCCCACAGAACAGCAGAUGCGAGCACUCGGCACACCUCAUUCUGUUCCCAGACAUCACAAGGGAAAGGUGCCGCAGGAAGAACCGGAGCAGAUGACAAACCACAGAAAUGUUCAGGUGGGGAUGAGCCAGGAGAUGGGGAUCACCCUGGCUCCCCUACACACGGCGCAGCAGAGGCGGGCGACCGUAAGGCAACCUAGGCACGAUCGGUACGAGAAGCAGCAAGACGCAGGCGAGUUUAAAGCUGGAGUUCCUGACCCAGAGGAGCUCUGCAGCUGGAACCGGGGCCCUUCAGGCCCUGCUCCGACACAGAAAUCACCCGACGGGCCCGAGCCGCCUCCCUGCGCGUCGCGUGGCUGCGAAUGGCGCUCGCAGGGUGAGGGCAGGGUGGCAGGUCACUUGCUGGCACAGAGGAGACCGAGAGGUCCCAGCCGAGGUGCCCUAGAGCGCAUCUCCCCGCUUUUAUCUUUCUUUCCUCGCCUAGGGCCGUUUCACUUCAAAGACCCGCUGGCCCUGGGCAGCGCUGGCCCUGCCAGAAAGGCUCGUUUGCGCAGCAGAGCUCAGGCUCCCGAGGCCCCGGAGCCGGGCCCGCAGCAGGCCCGGGCCACGGUGCAGGCAGAGCCGGGCCUGGCCGGCGGCUUCAUCCGCACUGCCGGCCUCGCUGAGCUCACACCUUAAUCAUGACGAACAGGAUGCUGUGACAUUCAGCCACAGAGCAGGGAAACAAAGGCUGCAGUCAGCAGAGAAUCACAUGAGUCGGAUUUCCAGAAAUG